CUAGGCUGCUGCAUGAUAGUUAAUCACUAUAUAUAUAUAUAAGUAAGCUCAAAUGCAUCUUUCCUUCUCUUAUAUUUACUUCAAAGUGUCUUUAAAGCUUCAACAAUGGCGUCCUUGCAUACAGUCGGGAAAUCGUGGGUUUUAGCAGUAACCAUAGUAUGCAUGUCUAUUUUCUGGUUCCACUUGUGUAAGGCCGAUGAAGAUUUGCCUGAAACAGGCAGUUUUGGUGAUGAUCCAGCUCAAAUUGUCGCCAAGGCAUUGCUAUGUUUCAAUGAUAAAUAUAUUUAUAGCAGCUGUGAAGAAUCUAGCAGAUUGAGUGCAAGUGGAAAUCUAGACGUCCCACCUGAAUACACCGACGAAUAUUGCAGUGGACCUUGCCUCUCAGAGACCCACCUUGUUCUCAACUGUAUAGAGAACAUCAUGAAAAACUUUGUGUUCUACAACAAGGCAACCAUUCACGAUAUCAGAGACACAAUUAAGGCUGGAUGUAGCUAUGGUCCUGAAAGAGGUAAUUUCGACGUUGAAGAGCACCUUGAAGCUGAGGAAAGCGGUUCAAACAAGGCAACCACUAGCAUUUUCUUUGGGGUUGGGUCCAUUAUUAUAGGGCUCACCCCAUUCCUUUGACAUGUUUAAUUAUCUAUAAUCUACAGAGGUCAAAGAUUUCCUUUCUCUGCUUUCAAUUACUCUGUUUCAAAGUCAUAUAUAUAUAUAUAUAUAUAUAUGUAAUUUAUUUACUGCUUUCACUAAAAAAUAAGGUUGUCUGAUACAUCCGUUCCAAUGC